CGAUGGCCAUCAGCCUCCGAUAGUCACAGCAUGUUUGAGCAUACGAGCUGGUUCGAAGCUAGCCAGCAACUGUUCAUUGUCGCCAUUAGCAAGUUGAACCUGAAAAUAGAAUCCGCUGCGGUGAGAAGCAGGACAGGUGCAGGGUCGGGCAUCGUCCGUAGGAUAUAUAAGAGGGCCUAGGGUCUUGCUUGAUGUGCAACAGUUCACCAUCAUCAUCCGCAGCCCGACAGCAAAGCAACACCAGAAGCACCUUCUCCUCUCGUAUAUCUCUUCUUCAACUUCGAUCAGCCUAAUUCACUCCCCGGCGGAGAACCUUCCUCACCCUUCGCAGAAGCAACACCGACUAUCUCUCAAACGGUCAUCUCACCAUGCCCAGGCCUACUCCGUGUGGCGGCUGCCGUGGCAAGGGCUACGACACCGUGCAGUGCGGGCGCUGCCACGGCACCGGCCGGGACGGCACGACAACUUUCCAGGCCAUGUGCGACGCCGGGUGCGCUGGUCGUGGCAAGGACCGCCGCGGCGCAAAGUGCGGCGGGUGCAACGGCACGGGCAAAAAGACGUACACUCAGCCGAAGAAGUGCAACCCGUGCCAGGGCACUGGAACCGGCUCCGAGGUCUGCCGGUACUGCGGCGGUACCGGGCUGCGACAGCGCCGCGGGGUAGAGCUGCCGACAUGGUUCUGCCGUUUCGCCCAGCGGUGCGUUGCAGAAGGAUCGGCGGGGUUCUAGUGAAAGGGACAGGGCCAUUUGGAGUUCAGCAGCUCCGAAAAAAUUCGAGCAGCAGCGACGAAUGGGUUGCAUGCUUCGGGCCGUUUCCCAACGACUUUGAGCUGUUAGUCCCGUUAGGUACCGCUCAGUGUUGCCCGAACCGAGAUGGACCAAGGCAAGAAGGACUUUUCGCUUCUUCUUUUGCAGGACCAAUGUCGGUAACGGGGUUGGAAGUAAGCCAGAACUACUAGUACCAGGUACUAGUAUCCGUAGUCCCAUUGCAAUCAAGGGCGGCUGCGGGGAAAGUGUC